AUGGUGCAGAGCGCUAGGAAGAUUGCGGUGUGGGGGGGCGGGGGGGGCAGUAAAUGUCAGCUGCUGUUCCUGCUGCAGUUCCUCCGGCGGGUCAGUUGGACCCAAAUUACCCUUUCUCUGCAGCUGACAUUCGAUGGCACAGGAAGGGGGUGCCUGAGCCCCACAGGGGGGAGUUCUCACUACUCACUCCACGGCUGCCAGGGCAUCCACAACACCGCGGACCGUGUCAUGGGCAUGCCACAGGCUGAUAGUAGCAUAGGAACUGGAAACCCCUCCUGGUGGGGAGGAGUUCAGAGAAGGCAUCUAGAGGAAGAGGAAGUGGAGCUGGACCCCAAAAGGAAAAAAUGCUGCAAAGGGUAUAAAUUUGUUCUUGGACAAUGCAUCCCAGAAGAUUACGACGUGUGCGCCGAGGCCCCCUGUGAGCAGCAGUGCACGGACAACUUCGGCCGAGUGCUGUGCACCUGCUACCCGGGGUUCCGGUACGACCGGGAGAGACACCGGAGGCGCGAGAAGCCCUACUGCCUGGAUAUCGACGAGUGUGCCACCAGCAACGAGACGCUGUGCGCGCACACGUGCAUCAACACCGUGGGCAGCUACCGCUGCGAAUGCCGGGAGGGUUACAUCCAGGAGGACGACGGGAGGACGUGCACCCGGGGAGACAAAUACCCCAAUGACACUGGGCACAACGAGAAGUCCGAGAACGCAGUGGAGGCCGGAAGCUGCUGUGCCACGUGCAAGGAGUUUCACCAGAUGAAGCAGACGGUGCUGCAGCUGAAGCAGAAGAUCGCCCUGCUCCCCAGCAGCACUGCCGACCUGGGCAAGUACAUCACCGGCAACAAAGUGCUGGCCUCAAACGCCUACCUCCCGGGACCUCCUGGGCUGCCUGGGGGCCAGGGCCCUCCUGGUUCACCGGGACCAAAGGGAAGCCCGGGCUUCCCCGGUGUCCCAGGACCUCCCGGGCAGCCUGGCCCACGGGGCUCGAUGGGACCCAUGGGACCAUCUCCUGAUCUGUCCCACAUUAAGCAAGGCCGGAGGGGCCCCGUGGGUCCGCCAGGUGCACCAGGAAGAGACGGCUCUAAGGGAGAGAGAGGAGCUCCUGGACCCAGAGGGUCGCCAGGACCCCCUGGGUCUUUCGACUUCCUGCUACUUAUGCUGGCUGACAUCCGCAAUGACAUCGCCGAGCUGCAGGAGAAGGUGUUUGGGCACCGGACACACUCGUCAGCGGAGGAGUUCCCUGUACCUCAGGAAUUUUCCAGCUACCCGGAAACCAUGGACUUUGGCUCUGGAGACGAGUACCCAAAAAGAACCGAGAUGAGGGACUUGGAACCCACCAGAGACUUUUAUCCUUAGCAUGUCCCGUUAUCGUCAUGCCAAAGGAGGGGAAAAGUGUUUUUCACCUGCAGUUAAAUCCUAUACAAAAAAAGAAAAAGAAAAAAAAACAAAAAAACCCACUGGAGACCUAAAAA